AUGAACUCGUUCAUCCGGGGCCGUCGGACCGUCCUCAUUUUUACAAGACGCCUCUUUUUAUUCCAAUUUUUACUUUUUCUCUGCGCUCUCCUUCUGACCGCCUUGGCCGAGGAUAUCUCUCCCAGCACAAUCCCAGCCCUGCCAACCACUACUCCAAAUUCAUCGAGUCAACCAAUCGCUCAUACACAUCGACCAAAACGACGACGAAAAGUGGUUUGGUUGGUGGAUGAGGAUGAAGAAGAAGAUGAGAUUGAAGAAGAAGUAUUGUCUAGAAGAAGAAGAUAUCCGUCUGAUGGGAAGAGUGAGGGCUACCGAGCUAGCAGACGGAAGGAAGUCCCGGUUAAUUACCGACUUCACGAUGAUUUGUUGCGCAAUUACAAUAAGGGGGCAAGGCCGGUCAAACAUCCCAGCGAGAUCGUCAACGUUUCCAUGUCCGCGUUUCUGUAUCAGAUCUUCAAAUUGGUAGGUUUUAAGCUUCAUUUUCUACCCUUGGUUAUUUUUCUGCUUUAUGUAUAUGUAAAGCAUCAGUUUCUUUCAUAUUUUUGAACCUUGCCGGCGAUGAGAAUGCCGUCUUAGGGGUGAGAAACCCAAAUUCCCAGGUAAUUUGAAGGGAAAGCAGAUCGAAUCUUAUUUUUAUGCCCUCCGGGUUACCAUAGUAAACCCAUUCGCUUUACUUUUUGCAAUUCUUUGGCAAUUUUUAUUAGUAAAAAAACUAAAAAUAAAUAAGGGCAAGUAAAAAUUAGUACUAAUAACAACAAACCCGUGGUAAAAAGCAUUAGCCAACAUUUACAUUGACUCUCAGAUUUUUUGAGGAAUUUUAGAUGCUUUGGGCACGUAGUAACAGUCUCAACAUCUCAUUAAUACUCAUCUCUCCCCAUCUUUGAUCCCUCAUAAGACGAAGGUUGCGUAAUAAUGAUGAAAGAUACUUUCAGGACGCUGUAAAGAACACAAUCAGCUUGUCGGGCAGUUUUGAACUGGUGAGUAUACUCCUUCAAGAAUCAUAG